CAAAGUUUCCAAUUUCUCAGUUCUCCGCCCCUUCACUAUAUAACAUCCAUGUUAAAGAGUGAAACCUGAAACCAGCGCAGCUCCAUAUGCUCUGCUCUCUUCUGGAAGCUGUCAUACUUCAACAUUAUGAAAGCUCACCCAAACGAUAUGGAAAACACGUCUAAGGUGGAACCUUCUAAUGGGCACAGCAGACCACUGGACAUUGUCCCCAGUACAGAGGAGGAGAAGAUGACAGAGAGAGGUCAAUGGGGCAACAAGGUUGAGUUUAUUCUGUCUGUGGCAGGAGAAAUUAUUGGCCUUGGGAAUGUCUGGCGUUUUCCUUACCUUUGUUAUAAGAAUGGAGGAGGUGCCUUUUUUAUACCAUACCUCAUCUUCCUGUUUGCUUGUGGGAUCCCGGUCUUCUUCCUGGAGACAGCUUUGGGUCAGUACACCAGUGAGGGAGGCAUUACCUGUUGGAGGAAAAUCUGUCCUUUGUUUGAAGGACUGGGUUAUGGCAGUCAGGUAAUUGUUGCUCUGCUGAACAUCUACUACAUCAUUGUGUUAGCCUGGGCUGUCUUCUUUCUGUUUAAUUCCUUCACCUGGGAUCUGCCCUGGGCAUCCUGCAACAACACCUGGAACACAAAUUCCUGUAUGCCAUUUCAGAGGGGGAAUAGCUCCAUCAAUCACCAUGAGAAUACCACCUCUCCUGUCAUUGAGUUCUGGGAGCGCAGAGUGCUGAGAAUUUCCUCAGGUAUUGACCACAUUGGUUCUCUGAACUGGGAUCUGGCUCUCUGUCUUGCCUUUGCAUGGAUACUCUGUUACUUCUGCGUAUGGAAGGGAGUGAAAUCCACAGGCAAGGUAGUUUACUUCACAGCUACUUUUCCUUAUGUAAUGCUGCUGAUUCUCCUGAUCAGAGGAGUCACACUGCCAGGCGCCUCCAUUGGAAUCCACUUCUACCUGUACCCUGACAUGGAUCGACUAUCUGACCCACAGGUAUGGAUGGAUGCUGGAACUCAGAUCUUUUUCUCAUAUGCCAUCUGUCUUGGCUGCCUCACUGCCCUAGGAAGCUAUAACAAAUAUAACAACAACUGCUACAGGGAUUGUGUGGCCCUUUGUUUCCUUAACAGUGGUACCAGUUUUGUUGCAGGCUUUGCCAUCUUUUCCAUCCUGGGAUUCAUGUCCUAUGAGCAAAAUGUGCCCAUCUCAGAAGUGGCUGAGUCUGGUCCAGGUUUAGCCUUCAUUGCCUAUCCUCGAGCUGUGACCAUGAUGCCUUUUUCCCCUCUGUGGGCCUGCUUCUUCUUCAUUAUGAUAGUAUUUCUAGGACUGGACAGCCAGUUUGUAUGUGUGGAGAGCCUGGUCACAGCCGUUGUGGACAUGUAUCCCUCCGUCUUCCGCCGUAAAAACCGCAGGGAACUCUUCAUCCUGGCAGUAGCAAUAGUAUCCUUUUUCCUUGGGCUCAUCAUGCUGACAGAGGGAGGCAUGUACAUCUUCCAGCUCUUUGACUACUAUGCAGCCAGUGGGAUGUGCCUGCUCUUCGUGGCCAUUUUUCAAACAGUUUGCAUUGGUUGGGUUUAUGGUGUUAAUCGUUUCUAUGAUAACAUUGAGGAUAUGAUUGGCUAUCGCCCCAGCCCCAUCAUCAAAUACUGCUGGCUUUUCUUCACUCCAGCAACAUGCUUUGGAACCUUUGCCUUCGCCUUGAUCAAGUACUCACCUUUGAAGUACAACAAUGAAUAUGUGUACCCAUGGUGGGCGGAUGGGAUUGGCUGGAUCCUGGCUCUGUCCUCCAUGCUUUGCAUACCCCUUUGUAUGGCAUUAAAACUGUACAAUACCCCAGGAACACUGAGGGAACGCCUUGCUCUUUUAACCACUCCUUCCACUGAUUUACCAAAGACAAAGCAGGAGCAGGAGAGGCUGCAGGCCAUCUUUGCAGCAGAUGGUGUCAGCCACCAUCAGAAAGCACCUCCCACUCGAGACGGCUACUUCCCUGUUGAAAAGGAGUCUCAUUGCUAAAAGCUUGAAGGUUGGAGUCAAAGUCCAUUUAGGGGUCAGAUGUUGCUCACUGACCCUCACCAUCGCGGUUCUCUUUGCAAUACCUCACAAGAUAAGCUGGUGAAACACGCACAUAUGUAGACUUUAACAGUCUGCUCACCUGCUGUUGACAGCUGGAGCUUUCUUCCUUGCAUGGCGCCUUCAGUAUACAGUACUGUGCACCCUAAUUUCUUCAUAUUUUGCUAGCAAAAUUUGAAAUUGGUACAGUCUACAUACAUUGAAAUACAGUAUAUAAGGGGGAAAAGGCAAUCUUCAGGAAUAGUUUUCCAGGCUUUUUUAAGGACAUUCAAAGCUCUUCUUUGGAUGCUACCUUUGUUUUGUUUUCUGCCAAGAUGAUCCCACACUGCUUCAAUAAUGUUGAGGUCCUAAAACCUGUUGCCACUGUGACCUGAGACCUGUUGCCACAGUCCAGUUUUUGUGUAAUUUGGCAUAUCUCAGCCUUUUUCCCCCGUUUCCCUUCCUUAAGAAUGGUUUCUUGACAGCCACCAUUCCACUGAGACCAUUUCUGCUUUAGCCAGAUAGCAGAUGGAUCAACUGAAGGGCCUGAUGCAGCUCUCAGGUCCUGUGUCAGGUGUUUCUGAUACCAAUCAUCUGCUGUUUUUUAGGCCUGCCACUCCUUCUUUUGCCCUCCAUUUCUCCAGUUUCCUCAAUUUUUUUUUUCUUUUGAGUAAGGACAAACUGAACAACAAGUUUUUUUAAUAGCUCUAAAUUACUAUUUUAUGCCUGUCAAACUGUCUUAUCUUUGGCAUUUUUCGUAACCUGUCACAAAAACACAAAAUUAUAUAAUUUUGUGUUUUUGUGACUGGUUGCAGGUAACAAAGUGCCUAAAGGUAUGACUUAAAAUGAUUUUUUGCUAAGUUCUUAUGUGUAGAUAUAGGACUGGUUCUUCCCUUCAGUUAGAUGUUGUUUUUUUUUUUUAAAGCUCAAUAGUUCAGUAUUAAAUGGUUCAACAGGUUUUUGGAAGCAAAAUAUAAAAUAAAAUAAAGGGUGGCUCAUAACUUUUGCACAGUACUGUUAAGCAUGAUGGCAACAGCAAUGUUACAUAAAAGAUUUACUUCCUUUAUUAGAGAGCUGGAUGACAUCUCAUUUGCCUGUGGCAGAGUAACGUGAAAAUGUAAACACUGUUGUUACACAGUGGCAAAGAAUUUACAUUUGACUGUCUGCUUUCUAAGGAAGCAUUUUCUUCUGUUGUGGAAAUCUCUAAUGUUCAGUAAAUCUUCACUCUGGUUACUUUAUUAAUUCUAACAGCUGACUGCUGCAGACUGAGUGCAGGAGGUGUCACACGAGUCCCCAAUACAUUUGGGUUUAAUUGAAUUUGCUUAAUGUAUACAGAGUAGAACCAUAUUGUUUAUCCAGUCCUAUUAUACUGACAGCUUUGUUUUUACCAUGCAGUAGAGAGUUGUUCUCAUGGGAUGGGUUAAAAAAAAUAAUAAUAAUAAUAAAUAAUAACAAUAAUAAACAUACUGUAAAAGGCAUAUUAAUAACCAGUGCUUCAGAACACAAAGAUUGGAUUUUAUAUUUCCAUUUAUCUAAAAUUUCCACAAAUCAACUUACUUAAGAUGUAAUGAUUGUUUAUUAAUGAUGUUUUAUUUUAUCUUAAUUCUGUUUGUACUGUUUUAAAGGAUUCACUGUAUGAUUAUGAUCUGUCUUACUGGGCUUUGCUGAUUUGCAUUCAUCUUUUAUAUGUUAAAUGUUCAGAUUAUUGACAUUGUUUUAAUUUAGUGUGGUUUGGUUUGCCUUAUUGUUAAUUCUGGGAAUGCAUGAAAUUAAAAUGUAAUCUGCCUGAAGCAAAGGGACAGCUGUGCCACUCAGAUUAUAUCAGAAGUGAGUGCCAGUGGACAAAAAAAAAGAGAACACCUCGCUCAUUAUCUCUUUCUGCUGUAUCACAAUGAACUUCAGCCUGCAUUUCUUUAUAUGUUGAAAUUAAUAUGUGAUGACCGAUUAUAAAAUUUUAUAUACUAAAACACUUUUUUUUUUUUUUUUUUAUGAAUGAAUAAAAAUACUUUCAUUUGGAACAUAUAUUUCUACUACAUGUGUAUAUUUUGUGGGACAUCUUCAAUAAGAUUGUGUUGGUCUUAAUUACAAAUAAAUGUUUUACAUUUUA